GUCAGCUGAUAUGUAAUGUCUAAAAUGUCAUUACUUGAAGUAUUUAAUAAACUUGUUUUUAUAAAUAGUUUGCUUAUAUUAUAAAAUUAACGUCUUAAUAUAUAAAUUGGACAAAAAGCGAGUAUCUUAUAUUUAAUAUAUGUUUCACUGAAAUAAUCCUGAACGAAAUGGUUGAUGUACAAAUUGGCCGACGAAAUGCCUGCAUUGUUGUACUUGGCGACAUAGGGCGCAGUCCACGCAUGCAAUAUCAUGCCGUUAGUUUGCUUGAAGAAAAUUAUAACGUUGACUUUAUUGGCUAUAUUGAAACGAAACCGCUGGACGCCCUAACUAAUGCACACCACAAAUGCAAAAUACAUGAAUUAUCACCGGUGCCUGUAACUAACCUUACACCUAAACUAAAAUUAAUUUUCAAAACAUUUUGGCAGACAUUAAGUUUGCUCAUAGCGCUAGUUUCUAUACGUCGUUCAAAUUUUUUACUAGUGCAAAAUCCACCAGGUGUUCCAACCUUAAUAGUUUGCUAUCUUUAUUGUGCGUUAACGAGAACUAAAUUUGUCAUUGACUGGCAUAAUUACACGUACACUAUAUUAGCUCUGGGUACUGCCAACGGAGAGAAGAGUUACUUUUGUCGUUUAGCUAAAUGGAUUGAGCGUUCAUUUGGUAGUAAAGCAAAUGCUCAUUUUUGUGUCACCAAAGCUAUGCAACAGGAUCUGUUGUUGAAUUGGAAUAUUGGGCCAGCAGUCGUCUUGUAUGAUAGGCCGCCCACACAAUUUCAUCCCAUUGAAUUGGCUCAAAAGCACGAACUCUUUAUGAAAUUAUCCAAAGAAUAUCCCCAAUUUCUACCAAAAUGCUAUGCAGAUCUAAAAGAAUCUGGAGUUAUUGAAACAACAGCUUUAACACAAAAAUUAAUUAAUGGAAAUGUUUCGUAUAAACCACAACGAGUAGCUAUUGUUGUAUCAAGUACUAGCUGGACACCAGAUGAAGACUUUGGGAUAUUGCUUAAAGCAUUAGAAGAGUAUGAGAGCACAGCCACUACGCGUCCAAAUAAUUUCCCCACCAUUUUAUGUAUCAUCACCGGUAAAGGACCACAGAAACAAGAAUAUGAAUGCCGGAUUUCUAAACUAAAGUGGUCCAAAGUUUCAAUCAUAACACCGUGGUUGGAAGUGGAAGAUUACCCUCUUAUUUUAGCUUCUGCUGAUUUGGGAGUAUGUUUGCACUAUAGCAGCAGUGGAUUAGACUUACCUAUGAAAGUGGUAGAUAUGUUCGGUUGCGGUUUGCCGGUGUGUGCGUAUAAUUUCAAUUGCCUUGGCGAAUUGGUAACUCAUGGUCAGAAUGGAUUUAUAUUCGAGAAUCACAAAGAUCUCUCCGACCAACUAAAAUUUUGGUUUGAAAACUUUCCUAGUAAUCCAAGUUUACUAGAAUCCAAAGAACGGUUUCGCAAAAAUUUGCACGAAUUCCAAUCAUUGCGUUGGCAUGAUAAUUGGAGAAAUAAUGCCCUGCCUAUAUUUAAUUCUUACACCUAAAAAUAUUUUUAAUUUUAAUAUGGAAUAUAGUAAGAAUAUCCAUUAGUCUGCUUAAAUGUUUUAUUUUUUGAUUUAUUCAAGUAACUUGUAUAAUUUUUUUGUUUUAUACAAACUUGGUAAUUUUAAGAUUCCAUUUGUGAAAUAAAAAUAUUUUAAUACAUUUUACAA